CGCAUAACUAGGUAAAUUAUGCAUUUGCCCUUGUUGACCUUUCAUUCUGUCUGUAAUAUUACACAAUAUUACACAGAACGAAAGAAUUCUGUACUAUACGUACAAAUAUAAGAAGCGUAAGAACGAGAAGAUAUAGAUGUGAUCAGUAUCGUAGAAAAGAGGAAAGUGUGUUUUUCUUCUGGUCUUUCUUUUCAGAUGACCUUAUCAAUGCUGUUUUUCAGGAACAAACACGUGCAUUUAACCGUUCAGAAGAUGAAAGAAAAAAGCAACAUUUAGAGAAAAAUCCUGAUGAUGAUGAAUUCCUUCGAUUUGUAUCAAAUACUCGACCACGAAUGGACGAACAUCCAGCCGUUAAUCGUACAAUAAGACCGGCAAUGUUAGCAUUCGUAAAAAAAGGGUAAGUGGAUUCAUCUUUUACAUGUUUCAAGCUUGCAAAAAUUGGUAAUUCAUUCUUUGUUGUUCCUUUUUUACA